ACGGCGUGCUCGAGCCGGGAUACCAGCGCCUUACUACGAAUCGCCGUGCGCACUGGAUACCGCACGUGAUACGCAGCCACAAGCCGACCGAGGAUUGCUCAGGACGUCGGGAUUAAAAAGACCGUUUCUCUCCCGUCAUCGUCGAGCCAUGGAGCUGGGUGACAGAGUUUACGCCGCGGAGCGGAUCACGAAAAAGAGGGAAAAGCGGGGCAAGGUCGAGUAUCUUGUCAAAUGGAAAGGAUGGAGCAAAAAAUACAACACGUGGGAGCCGGAAGAAAAUAUUUUAGACGUCAGAUUAAUCGAAUUGUACGAAGAAAGCCAAAAAGGUACAGAUGUACCCACCAGAAGGCCAAGGCGAAGGGAUACUAGAUAUAGCGAACAACUGUCUAAUCUUGUUGUCGAUGAGGAACCUGGCGGAGACGAAAGGGUAGGCGAAGACAGUCAAGAUGAAUCGACGACGGGCAGCACUUCAGCAUCUCGUUUAAAUCCAGUAGCCCCUGAUGAGGAUACUCUCCCAAGUUCCUUAGACAGUCAUGAGUCGCCAGAAUUGGCAUCAACGUUCAGCGUUGAUUCCGACAGUUCAGCCAGUAGUAUGGACUUACCCUUAUUGCCUAGAAAAGAACGUAUGAAAAGGAAGGCAGAGGUCCUUAGUCGAUCUGGCAAGAUUGGAGUAACUAUUACCACGAGUAGUCCUAGUAGUGGCAGUAGUAGCCCACCUCCGAGCAAAGUUCCUCGGUUAUUGCCUUUGAAAAACAACCCCACAAAUCCGUCUUAUAGUCACAAAGCGAACGGACAAAAUCAAAGAAGGCCGUCGUCCUCCAGCGUAAAAUCGACACCGGAAGAACCUCUGCCGGCAGUACCGACGACACCGGCGCCCGCAGUACAGGACAAAAAGCGUCCCGAAGCUGAUGUACCUCAUGGUCCGCCACCCUCUCUUCCGCGUGCACCACCAACACCGCUGUCUGCUCAGAUAGAUACUAAUUUGGAACAAGUUACUACAAAGAAGAAGCAAUUAUCGGAGCAAAAGCAAGACAAAUCGAAUGGCGCAGUUGCUACUGACAAAGCAAACGGUCACAAAUCACCCAGCCCCACGGACUCUUACACUAAUAAUAAUAGGUUACCCACUGUGAAUGGACAUCAUAGCCCUAAUAAUAAUAAUAACAAUAAUAACAACAAUAACAACAAUAAUAGUUCAAACGUCAAACAAACAGAGAUUCCGAAAUCAGAGAUUUUCGUUCCACUCACGAAUCCCGGCACGGAUUAUUGGCACGCGAGGAACCCCGUGGCGGAUCAAGUGUUUAUUACAGACGUUACUGUUAAUCUGAAGACCGUUACCAUCAGGGAAUGCAAGACUGAAAAGGGUUUUUUUCGAGAGAGGGAUCCUAAGGAAACCCUUUGAGCUUCAAGAAUCCUAUCACCUUUGGUAGUCCUGGAACGGAUUCGCUCUAAGCUGUAUUGAAUCACAAUGUGUAAAUAU